AUGUCCUGGUUUUUAGGCGGAGUGAAAGCGAAAGUGAACUUGGUAAACACCGGACCAGUUGAGGAAAAUUUGGAUAAAACGACGGAAGCAGACAAACAAGAAACAACACUGAAUGGAGAAUUAGUAAAAUACGCGAACUCCCUUGCGUCAGGAAGAAACAAACCGUACAAGUUGAUCCACAUGAAAUUAAACAAGGAGGGGCAUCUGGAAGUAGAAAUGCAAUUUGAUGUGACUGGUGUGAAAUUUUCCCAAAAGAAGAAAGAUAUCAUACAACGACUACAACGCGUGGCUGAGCAGCACAAAUCCGUCUUUGUGAUGUCCGAUUUCGACAUUACAGGUAAUCCUACACAAUCCGAUAAACCGGCGGCAAUUUACGAGCUUCAGAAGCCUGAAAAGCCAUCAGAAUAA